ACCCGGCCCACCAUACACAUAUAAAUACAGGGGGAAAAACAAGAUAUUUUAACAUGAGAAUUGACAACGGGUUUCAGAGCAGUCGUUGAGCAGGAUAAAAAGUCGAAUUUACUGGACUAAACACAGAGGAAUGAUAUAAACGGGGUUUUAAAUCAAGGCAACACUGAAGGAUCGGUCCAGCCCCGGUACUGGUCCGACUCUCGCUGUCUCUCUGACCGUCGGUGGUGACUCACGGAGCCCGGGCCGUUCACGGAGCAUUGCUGACCGGUCAGAUAUAUCUACGGAACGACCGACAGGAUUUCAGCAUGAAGUUCAAACCGAACCAGACGCGGACUUACGACCGGGAAGGUUUCAAGCGGCGAGCGGCGUGUCUGUGCUUCAGGAACGAACGGGAGGAUGAGGUUUUGUUGGUCAGCAGCAGUCGGAACCCGGACCAGUGGAUCGUUCCCGGUGGUGGAAUGGAGCCAGAGGAGGAGCCGUGUGGAGCUGCGGUACGAGAGGUGUUUGAAGAGGCUGGAGUGAAGGGCAAACUGGGCCGUUUGCUCGGUGUGUUCGAGCAGAACCAGGACCGCAAACACAGGACAUAUGUGUAUGUGCUAACAGUGACGGAAACACUGGACGCCUGGGAGGACUCUGUCAAUAUUGGUCGCAAGCGGGAGUGGUUUACUGUUGAUGAGGCCAUAAGAGUUCUGCAGAGCCACAAACCCGUUCACGCCGAGUACCUGAGACGCCUUCAGAUCAGUUGCCCACGAACCAACAACGGCAACCUGCUCCUGCCUCAAACAUCUCCAAACAACCUCACACCACUCUACAGCGCACAUGCAUCAGCUGCACGCAGAUAGGACACACACACACACACACACCUCACUCCCGGUGGCUGACCUCCAUUGAAUGGACAGUCAUGCAAGAACCACUAACACACACAUCUCCAGAGCAUUUCUGUGUUGCCAUGGAGAUGACCCUGACAACACUUCUUAGGCACCUUGGGGACGUUCUUUAGAGGGACAAACCAAAGUCGUUACUUUGGACUUUUUUUGGUGAAUGCCUUAAUGAUUUUUUUAACAAAGUUGGUUUUGAAACUGUUACUGUUGUCCGAUUGGUUUUAUUUGAUGUAAUUUAAUGAUAAUUAUUGACCAGCUUAACAUACAAGUCACAUGGAAGUGCGCUUCUAAUAUUCUCUCACCUCCUAAUAUCUUGGCAUUCUUGGCUUGUGAUGUUGGGAAUGUCAUUUUCAUUUCAUUCAGCAUUUUACCUCAUUGAUUUCACUCUGUUAGCGCAGUAAUGACUCCAAACCUUCAUCUAAGACCCAUGAGCCAAUCAAACGAGCCCUUUAAAUGAGCCCUAACCUCACUGCUGCUCCUGACAGGAUAACAGAUUUCCCCAACCAUCAGACAUUCCGACUGACAAGAUUGAGAUUUUAGGGAAUUAGUUGUGGGCAGGUGGGGUGUAAUCUGGGCACAGUUUGAAGUAUGUUCUCAUUUUAUGCUCUGAUUAACAAAAAAAGUUUGUAAAUAUACUAAAAGACUGAAUAUGACAAAUAAUGUGUCUUGGUUUUUAACUACAAUUGCAAAUGUAUUAACUUUUCUGCUCUUAACAGUUUCUAUGAGGUCUUUGUUUAGAUCAUUUUUUGAAAGAACAGAACUGUGAAUUUUGUCUGAGAAAAGAAAAUGAUGUUAACAGGUGAAUCUCAGGAAACCUGUCAAGAACACGUGCAUGUCAUAUUUCACAUCAAGAUUUUAAAAAAAGAACAAAAAUAUAUGUAUUUUGGAAAUUAAGCA